GGCCGAUCAUUAGAUAUUGAUAAUUGCCUACUCAAAUACCAAUUAUCUCGAUUAAUUGGUCUUUAAAAAUUCUAAUACACACAUACACUGAUGUUCCCCCUUGUGUGAUGUCAUUCCUGUGUGUGUGCGGGACUUCCCGUUGCUGUGGUUGGAUGAUAUAGUGGAUGAGCAGUCAAACAUCGUGGGCUUCUCAAUGUUUAACACCACCCACCCAUUUUACCUGGAGUUUAUCAGGAGCCUAAAUCUGUCCUGGAGAGAGGGCCGUGACAUUAACCCAUACCCCGGACCAGCACUGUCAUCGGCCCUGCUGUUUGAUGCAGUCCAUGUGGUGGUGAGUGCAGUGCAGGAACUCAACCGGAGUCAGGAGAUUGGCAUCAAGCCUCUCAGCUGCACCUCCCCUCAAAUCUGGCAACACGGAACCAGCCUCAUGAACUACCUGCGUAUGGUGGAGUAUGAUGGUUUGACAGGUCGAGUUGAGUUCAACAGUAAAGGCCAGAGGACCAAUUACACCCUCCAUAUUCUGGAGAAGCACAGGGGAGGCCACAAAGAGAUUGGGAUCUGGUACUCUAAUAACACUCUCCUGAUGAACUCCACCAGUCUGGACAUCAACACCUCUGAGACUCUGGCUAACAAGAGCCUCAUCAUCACCACCAUACUGGGCAGGAAGCCAGGUUAUUUCUCCUUCCUGGAUCCCUUCUCACCGGCUGUUUGGCUCUUCAUGCUGCUGGCUUACCUCGCUGUCAGCUGUGUGCUUUUUCUUUCUGCUAGGUUGAGCCCGUAUGAAUGGUAUAACCCUCAUCCGUGUCUGCGUGAGCGCAGAGACCUGCUGGAAAAUCAGUACACACUAGGAAACAGCCUGUGGUUUCCUAUCGGAAGCUUCAUGCAGCAGGGGUCAGAGAUCAUGCCCCGAGCCCUGUCCACACACUGCGUUAGUGGGGUCUGGUGGGCAUUCACUCUUAUAAUAAUCUCCUCAUACACAGCGAAUCUGGCUGCUUUUCUGACAGUGCAGAGAAUGGAAGUGCCAAUCAAAUCAAACCUGAUGACCUGGCAGAUCAAACUAAUAUCCAGUACGGCACCAUUCAUGGAGGAAGCACCAUGACCUUUUUUAUGGUACAAAUCAUUUGAUACUAAUAUAUAAGUUUACACACAUCUGUACUGUGUAUGUUAUGUGGCCAUAAUAAAUAGUACGGAAUUUCCAUAAAUACUGUACACUGUUUGGUGUUCCAAACUUCUUGUUAUCCUUCAGAAAAUGUUGAUUAUCAACCUCAGGAGAGGAGGUCACACUAUAUAUAUUACAAGAUGUUUCAUUUUCUAUUCAUUUUCUAUUUUGCACCUCUAUUACCAACAUUAAGAACAUAUUUACAGUUGAAAGUGAAACUUUUUUUUUUUAACAAAAAAUAUUGAAAUAGAAAAAAAAAACAAUGCAGGGUGGGGAUUUUCUGUCUAUAUUUUAUUUGUGAACUGAUGUUCAGCUGUUCUUUUGAAAAGUCAAGUUAUUUUCAUCAGCGGUAAACGCACUG